GCAAUGCCUGAAAUGCAGGGCCAGUCAUGCAGAGUUUGUAGUACCCUACAAAAAGUAUAUGAAAAGCAUCAUGAAUCCAGUGUGCAUUGGGACAAGAUUCAAAAUGAGAUUUGAAAUGGAUGAUUCUCCAGAAAGAAGGUGUUGUGCAAUUUAGUAUGACAGCAAAACUAAUUCUUGACUCUGCAGCAAAACAUGACGUUUUUUCUACCUUGUGCAGGUGCAGUGUUGUCACUGGAAUGAGUGACUUGGAUCCUUAUAGAUGGCCUAACUCAAAAUGGAGGUGCUUAAUGGUGAGGUGGGAUGAAGAUGUUCUUAGUGAUCAUCAAGAACGAGUUUCUCUAUGGGAGAUUGAUCCUUCGGUUUCACUCCCACCCUUGAGCAUUCAAUCUUCCCCAAGGCUGAAGAAACUGCAGACUGGUCUGCCAGCAAACCCACCUGAUAACCCCAUAACUGGAGGGGGUGGUUUUUUAGACUUUGAGGAGUCUGGAAGAUACUCUAAGGUCUUGCAAGGUCAAGAAAAUGUAGGUUUUGUGUCACCCUUAUAUGGACAUGACACGUUAAACCGCCCACCAGAUUUUGAGAUGCAAAACUCAGCGCAUCAAAAUCUUGUGUCAACUGGAAGAGAUAAGGCUAAUAUUAGCGAGAUAACAAGGGCUCGCUCAACCACUUACUCAGGCUUUGCGGAAUCUAAUAGAUUUCCGAAGGUCUUGCAAGGUCAAGAAAUAUGCCCACUGAGAUCACUGACUGGAAAAAGUGAUUUCAACCUAGGUGCUUGGGGCAGACCCAAUCUUAGAUGUGGUCCUUUCAACAUAUAUCAAGCACCAAGACCUAAUUUUUAUCCGCUAGCAGCAGAAAGCUUUCAAAAUAUGUAUUUUCCUUAUGCUGAUUUAUAUAAAACUGGCCGAGAUCCUAGAAUGUGUUCUUAUGCUACUAACUUCCCAAGAGAAAAAAUCCAAUUUGGUGCAUCUUCUAUUCAGACUGGUGUUGCUAGGGAUGAAGUUGGAAAGCCAAAUCAACCAAGUGAGCACAAGUCACAGGAAACUAUUUCUGCAUCACCAGCUUUAGGGGUAAAUCUAAUAAAUCGAAAGGAUAACUCUUUUAAUGGGACUGCUAGUGGCUGCAAGCUGUUUGGAUUCUCGUUGACUGCCGAAUCACCUACUCCAAACUCACAAAACUCUGGUAAGCGGAGUUGUACAAAGGUUCAUAAGCAGGGCAGCUUGGUUGGAAGAGCUAUUGAUCUCUCAAGACUGAAUGGCUAUGAUGACCUGUUGAGUGAACUAGAGCGACUAUUUAGCAUGGAAGGCUUUCUACGAGAUCAUAAGAAAGGGUGGCGGAUCUUGUAUACUGACAGUGAGAAUGAUGUAAUGGUUGUCGGGGAUGAUCCAUGGCAUGAGUUCUGUAAUGUGGUAUCCAAGAUCCAUAUAUAUACUCAAGAAGAAGUGGAGAAGAUGACCAUUGGAGUUAUUGGUGAUGAUACUCAAAGCUGUUUGGAUCAAGCUCAUGUUGUAAUGGAAGCAUCAAAGUCUUCAUCAGUGGGCCAGCCAGAUUCUUCUCCACAAUAGUAAGGGGUUUGAAAUUCGUAUUUGGUUUAAGUACUAUGCUUGCUGUGCUUGUGCACUCGCUAUCAAAACCUGAACCUAGUUAUGUAUCUUCUAUCAUUUUAAUUCUAAGUUCAGUGAUUGUCUUUGUCAAUGGAACGCGUGGACGUUUAGAACUACUGUGCCUUUCAUGGCCUUAGAUAAUAACUGAAGUUUGUGGAACUGUUUGAUUUUA